AUGGAGCCUGCACCGGCAAAGGCGAAGCCACAGGGCCGGCUCCUGGUGUCCACCCAGCUGGAUGCUAAAGACGAGUUAGAGGAGAGAUUGGAACGGUGUGUUGUGAUCGUCCAGGCACUGACCAAUGGGCUGUCAGAACGGGAAGCCAACGAUGCACUCACUGCCAACGUGUGUAAAGGCCAGCAGCAGCAUGAGGAGGUCUGUCUGGGUCUGUUUACCCUGGUCCUCACAGAGCCGACCCAGGCCCAGAGGUGCUACAGAGAUCUGACGCUGGUCAACAGGGACGGGAUGAACAUAGUGCUGGUGAAAAUCAACCAGAUCCUGAUGGAGAAGUUCCUCAAACUGCAGGACAAUCCCAGAACGCAGCUGGUGUGGCUGGUCAGGGAGCUGGUGAAGAGUGGAGUAAUUGGAGCCGACGGGGUCAUCAUGACUCUUCUGAAGCAGAUUGCAGGCGGAGACAUCUCCGCUAAGAACAUCUGGUUGGCCGAGAGCGUCCUGGACAUCCUGCUUGAGCAAAAGGAGUGGGUGUUGAAGAGCGGGAUGCUAAUAGCAAUGUCGGUGUACACCUACCUCCGUCUGAUUGUGGAUCACGGCACGCCGAACCUGCUGCCUCUGCGCCAGAAGGAAGUGGACUUCUGCAUCAGCAUGCUGCGGGAAAAAUUCAUGGAGUGCCUCAUCAUCGGCAGAGAUCUGGUUCGUCUGCUGCAGAAUGUCGCUCGGAUCCCAGAAAUGGAGCUGCUGUGGCGGGAUUUGUUGCACAACCCGCAGGUUCUCAGUCCUCAGUUUACAGGGAUCCUCCAGCUCCUGACAGCUCGAACGUCUCGGAAAUUCCUCGCCUGUCGACUGACUCCAGACAUGGAGACCAAGCUGCUGUUCAUGACCUCCAGGGUGCGUUUCGGGCAGCAGAAGCGGUACCAGGACUGGUUCCAGAGGCAGUACCUGUCCACGGCGGAGAGCCAGUCGCUGCGCUGCGACCUGAUCCGCUACAUCUGCGGCGUCGUCCACCCCUCCAACGAGGUGCUGAGCUCUGACAUCCUGCCGCGCUGGGCUAUCAUUGGCUGGUUGCUCACCACCUGCACGUCGAAUGUGGCGGCCUCCAACGCCAAGCUGGCCUUGUUUUACGACUGGCUGUUCUUCAACCCAGAGAAAGACAGCAUCAUGAAUAUAGAACCGGCCAUCCUUGUGAUGCAUCACUCCAUGAAGCCUCAUCCUGCCAUCACAGCCACGCUGCUGGACUUCAUGUGCCGGAUCAUCCCUCACUUCUUCCCCCCGCUGGAGACUCAGGUCCGGCAAGGCGUCUUCAAUUCACUCAACUUCAUCAUGGAGAAGAGGGUGCUGGCUCACCUUGCUCCUCUGUUUGAUAACCCAAAACUGGACCGAGAGCUUCGCUCGAUGCUCAGGGAGCGGUUCCCCGAGUUCUGCAGCCCGCCGUCUCCUCCCACCGAAGUGAAGAUGGAGGAGGCGGUUUCCAUGGAGAUGGACAACCACGUCCUGGACAAGGAGGAGGGCUGCUACGACCACACGGAGGCAGCGUUCAGCGAUGAUGAGGAGGAAGUCAACAAUAAAGGAAAAAAGAGGGAGUUCCGGUUCCAUCCGAUCAAGGAAGAGGUGAUAGAGGAGCCAGCUGACAUCACGCCCUGGCUCGACCAAUUAGACGACACCAUGAAGGAGAAGGUGCAGCAGAUUCAGAAGACCAGUGACACGGAGACCCAGUGCGAGGUCAUGCAGGAGGUUGUGGAUCUAAUCAUGGAGGACGACUUCGACACGGAGCAGAUGUCGGCUCUGGCUUCCUGUCUGGCUGAGCUCUUCAAAGAUCACUUCAGAGGGGAGGUUCUCCCUGAGGAGAUCACCGAGGAGUCUCUGGAGGAGUCCGUCUCCAAACCCGUCUGCCUGAUCUUCAGGAACCUGGUCACCAUGCAGGAGGACAACAGCGGCUUCUCGGUGCUGCUGGACAUGUUGGCCGAGCUUUACCAGAAGCAGCCGAAGAUCGGAUACCACCUGCUGUACUACCUGAAGGCCAGCAAAGCGGCGAACGGGAAGAUGAUGCUGUACGAGUCGUUUGCCCAGGCGACGGCGCUUGGCGACCUGCACACGUGUCUCAUGAUGGACAUGAAGGCGUGUCAGGAGGACGACGUCCGGCUGCUCUGCUACCUCACGCCGUCCAUCUACUCCGAGUUUCCAGAUGAGACGCUGCGGAGCGGCGAGCUGCUCAACAUGAUCGUAGCCGUCAUCGACUCCAUGCAGCUACAGGAGCUGAUGUGUCACGUGAUGAUGGGGAACCUGGUCAUGUUCCGGAAAGACUCGGUUCUGAACAUUCUCAUUCAGUCUCUGGAGUGGGAAACGUUUGAACAGUACAGCACCUGGCAGCUCUUCCUGGCCCACAGCAUCCCACUGGAAACCAUCAUCCCCAUCCUACAGCACCUCAAAUACAAAGAGCAUCCGGAGGCCUUGUCCUGUCUGUUGCUGCAGCUCCGCAGGGAAAAGCCAAGUGAGGAAAUGGUGAAGAUGGUUCUGAGUCGGCCCUGCCACCCGGAGGACCAGUUCACCACCAGCAUCCUGCGCCACUGGGCGUCCAAAUACGAUGACACGCUGGGGGAACACAUCAAGGCUCAGCUCAUCAAGAACAACAACCAGCCGCGCAAGAGGCAGAGUCUUCGUAGUUCGAGCAGCAAACUGGCUCAGCUGACCCUGGAACAGAUCCUGGAGCACCUGGACAAUCUGAGGCUGAGUCUCAGCAACAUGAAGAACAACUUCUUCACUCAGACUCCCAUCCUUCAGGCUCUGCAGCACGUUCAGGCCAGCUGCGACGAAGCUCACAAGAUGAGGUUCAGCGACCUGUUCGCCCUCGCAGAGGAGUACGAGGAUUCCCAGGCGAAGCCUCUGAAGUCCAGGAGGAAAGCGCCGGCCUCGUCGCCUCGCUCCAGGAAGGGCGUAGCUCCGCCCACCAACAACGAGGAGGAGAGCGCCUCCAGUAGUGCCUCAGAGGAGGAAGACUCAAAGCCCAAAGCGCCGAAGAGGAAGCGGAAAGGCUCGUCAGCGGUUGGCUCCGACAGCGACUGAUUGAACCCUCUGACCAAUCAGAUGCCAACAAACACCGCCAUCCGACCAGUCGCUCAGCGCUCCCCUCCCCAUCCCCCACGGAGGGAGAAGGAGGCCCCAGGUUUGGGACUUCAAAUCUGGGUCGUGGGCCAACUUCCUCCUGUUGAGAUUGAUGCCGUUGCCAGGGAGACGAGGCGCAAGCUGCUGGGUUUUGAUCGCGCUGGGAGGAGAAACCACAAACUCUUGAUCCAAAUGGACCGAUUUUUAAACAUGACGAGAGGGACCCCUGUAGUUUUUCCCUGGAGGGGCGUGGACUCGUGACUUCCUGCUGUUUUUAGCAGCUACUUCCUGUUUGUCUCGCUGCAGUAAAAGCAUCUGUUGUUCCUUCAUGUCAGGUGAAUUCUUCAUAAACACAAAUGAUGGUUUCAGGGUCUCAUUCGUCUGUUACUUGGGAGUUUUGAUUGGAAUGCAAAGUGGGGGUUGCUCAAAAGCACAACGGCAGCAACAGUCAUCGUCACGGCAACCUUUCACUGUCUUUACUGUUGUGUACAAAAACAAUCUCAAAUGUGGUUUUGAUUUUUUUUUUCAGUCCAGAGCUUCUGAUCUUUUCUGACUUUUGGCAGAAACACGAUAAGAUGGAUGCAGAUCAGCAGAAGUAUUUUUUUAUCGACGGUGAAUCUUUUACAGAGUCGCGUUUUUAAGGAUCUUUGAAACUAAAUCUUUAAGCUUUCCAAAGCCGAGUCAGAAAACAGCAGAAGUCCUCUGCCGCAGUUUUAUUUACAGCCAUAUGUCUUUACAAAGCCUUAACUGGUUCAGACACAGAGCUGAUUUUACAGGAUGUGAAAAAUAAUAAAUGAGCAAAUGAUGAA